AUGUGCCGGUGCUUGCUCUGCAGAUCGGCUCCUGAGGCUACCUUGAUCACGCCACAGACAGCGCACUGGCUGUUGCCGUUUCGCAGGUGCUUUGGGGCAUCUUUCAGAAGCGAAAGCCUGCCGAAAGCUGCUGGGAAGUGGUUGACGAUGGAACAGUGGGGUACCCGGGCAACAUUGACUGUUUUUUUGCUGUCGUUCUGUCACAGGCCGGCAGGAAGGCAGGUGGGCAUUCAGCAGGUUUGCAGGUGUGGAACACGACAGGUUAAGGAAGCCAACAUUCAGCCGCCCCUGCUGCCCAGCCAUGCCGGACGACAGGGCAAUCGGGAGAAUUGCGUGACGAGCGUCCAGGCCAUUGUGGAGAAAUGUAACAAGGAGGGCACAAAGUACACCGAUCCUCGAUUUGACAUCUGUGCCGAUCCUGCAAAGGCCUUGUACGUGGAUGCGCAUCAACCAGGUAGCAUGGCCGUGCAUCGUGGCGCGUUCUGGCUCACUGGCCUCAAGGCGACGUCGCGAUGGAUAGCAUUCGAUUUGGGUCACAGAGCUAGCCUAAUCCACCAAUGCAUGCAGAGUGAUGCAAAGCCCAUGUUUGGAUGCCGAGAAGCUAUAGGCUUGUUGAUGGGUGUCAAUUGCAGCUGCGCAGCUGAAGACCUAGAGCUGAAGCAGAAGGACCUGAAAGAGAAUGCCGAUACCGUCAAACAGGAUAACGACGAGGCGAUACGUGAGAUCCACUUUGCGAACGCCCAGCCUAUCCUGAACGACACUCGUGCAGAGGCCUUUGCGGAUGAGGAUGACAAGAGGAACAGUGACAAAGCGGUCAAGAAAGAAGAAGAUGACGAGCCAAAGUCCACGACUUCUAAGGAGUCUGCAUGGAACAGGCGAGAUUUUUUUCUGCAGAGCAGCGCGAACGUGCUGACGAAUGCACUUUGUGCUGUCAUCGAGAAUCCUGGUGAUUUCGAGGCUUUCUAUACCGUCAAGGAGAAGGUUGGAGCUGGACAGUUCGGGACUGUCAGUGCUGCGGUAAUCACUGCCAACGGUGCAGAGCGCGCCGUCAAGACCGUGGAAAAGAAGGCGCAGCGUUCCUUUCUGACAGCACUUCGUGCAGAGAUGGAAAUCAUGAAAGUGCUGGACCACCCAAACCUGAUUACCAUCUGCGAAAUUUUUGAAAACAGCGAGACUAUCAUCCUGGCCAUGAAGCUCUGCAAAGGACCUCACCUAACACAGUAUGUCGAGCGGGUUGCCAGCCUGAGUGAGAAGCAGGCCUCUUUCGUGAUGCGAGACUUGCUCCGAGCCGUGGCGUACAUGCACAAUUCCCAGGUUUGUCACCGUGAUCUGAAGGGCGAGAACUGCCUGAUGUUGAACCAGGGCCCUCCUGAAAGGAAUCGCCUCAAGAUCUGUGACUUCGGCUUGUCCUGCAAGUUCGAACCAGGCGGUUUUUUGAGCGGCAGAAUGGGAUCCGUCUCGCACAUUGGACCGGAGGUUUUGAAAAGCCCAGACAAGUACACUCACGCUUGCGACUGCUGGAGUUGCGGCAUUAUAUUUUACCAUCUCAUCUGCGGUUUUCUUCCGUUCCACGAAGAGAAGGAAGUGCUGAACAACCGGCUCUCUUUCUCGGACAGGCAUUUCUGCCACCUGCGUGCAAUACAGUGA